AGAAAGCGAGUAUCACAGAGAAGACGAGGCAACAUGGCUCCCGGAGGUGGAAGGCAGAAGCUUCACCCUCUUUGAAGCAGUGAAGAAGAGCAGCGGAGGGGAACGGAAAAAAGAGAAGUGACUACGAAUUGUCGUCGCUUUUAUCUUCCCAGCCUCUUCUGGGUCUGGUCAGCCUCACCUCUGCUCUCCACCCGCACCCAGUCUGUGGUCUCCUCCCCUCCCCGCCCACGUUCCCUCGCCCCUCCCGUCGCGAACCCUUUCCCCGCCCCCCCUCGCCCCUACCCCCCGCGGAGUGCGCACGCGCCCGCCUCCAGCUUCGCGCGGGGAUCGCCGACUGGCCCGCUUGCGCAGCCGCUGUUCCUUCUGCCCACGGAGGAAGCAUGGGCGUCCAGGGCUUCCAAGAGUUCCUGGAGAAGCGCUGUCCCGGGGCUGUGGUGCCUGUGGACCUCCUCAAACUCGCGCGCACCGUCUCGCGCCAGCAGCAGCAGCAGCACCUGCACCGCCAGCUGCCGCCGGCAGCCCUAGCGCCGGGGGCUCCACGCAUCACCAGGGGCUCCGCUCCUCUGCCGCCGCCGCUCCCGCCCGCCGCCUUUGGCCCUUACUCCGGGGGCCCGGGGCCGACUCGGCACCAUCACCCUGCUCACCAUUUCCACCAUCACGGCCAAGCGCCGCCAGGGCUGCAUCCGCCGCCGCCCCCUCCGCUGCCUGGGGCUCGGGUAUUGGUAGACGCGGGCUCGGCGCUGCCGCGGCUCUAUGGUGGCUACCAGACGGAUUGGGUUUGUGGCGGCCAGUGGAAUGCCAUGCUGGGCUACUUGUCAGCGCUGUGCCAGGCUUGUGCCUAUCCGGGCGGCGACGGCCUGGAGCUGGUGGUCAUGUUCCCUGGGGGCCUGGGGAAAGACCGACUGGCCGAAUGGGGCCGUCGGUGCCAGGCGGAGCGGCAGACUGCGCAACUGAUCGUGGGACACGUGGGCAACAAGGGCACCCCUCCACCGCGGGCCUGGUUCCUGCCACCUGCCUGCCUGAGCCACUGCGUGAGGCUAGCACUCAUCCGCUUCCGGGUCAAGGUCUUUCAGAGCCUUGAAGACCACCAUUUGGAAGUGGUGGCUUUUUUUAGGGAAAAUGGCUUUCAUGGCCUUCUUGCUCAUGACUCCGAGUACGCGCUCUACAAUAUUCCAUCUUACUACAGUUCCCAUGCGCUGAAGCUCAGCUGGAAUGGGAAGAACCUCACAACCAACCAGUUCCUGAUGCAGGAAGUGGCCAAGCAGCUCGGUUUGAAGCGAAUGAAUUUUCCCAUAUUUGCUGCACUGCUAGGUAACCACAUUCUACCAGAUGAGGACUUGGCUGCUUUUCACUGGAGCCUUUUGGGACCAGAACAUCCUCUUGCAUCACUUAAGGUCCGAGCCCAUCAGUUGGUCCUUCCACCUUGUGAUGUCGUGAUCAAGGCUGUUUCUGAGUAUGUCAGUUCCAUCAAAGACCCCUCAAACCUAGAUGUGGUUGGGAAGGAUGUUUUCAAACAAUCUCAGUCUAGGACAGAAGACAAAAUAGAACGAUUCAAGAAAGCAGUUGAGUACUAUUCAGUCACAACCAAACUCUCUUCACUGCCAAUGGGUCCUUCCUUUCUAGGCUUUCGAAAUAAUCGGCUUGGAAAUCCUCCUAUUCCACGGAAUCAAAUGGGCCCUAUUUCUACUGGAAAGCCAAUGUUUUCUCGCCAGGUGCCCCAGAAAAUGAAAUAUCCACCACCAUUUCCAAUGGGACCCAACUCGUCUCUUCUCUUCUCCCAUAAUGUGGGGGAAUCCCAUGCUUUUUCAGAGGAUCCCAUGCUACAGGACAGUUCCUUUACCAAUUGGGCUGUUUCUUAUGACUCUUCUACACCCCAGUUUCCUAACUGCCUGCCUUCUAAAACUUCACCUCCUUUGGGACCAGAUUCUUCCCACUCCUCCUCCUCUGAGGGUGACGAGGCAAAUGGAGCUGGUCCUGAUCACAACACAGAAGCACUUCAGCAGCAGCCUGGAUGGGAAGAUCCCAGUGGUGACAGAGGGUCUUGGGUACAGCCUGUUGAUGCUGGAGUUUCGGAAACUAGCGUAGGUGAUGGUGAACCUCACAUCCCAUCUCUGUUAUCUAUGUCUACAAGGAACCACAUGGAUAUCACCAUUCCACCUUUACCUCCAGUAGCUCCAGAAGUCUUGAGGGUUGCUGAACACAGACACCGAAGGGGUCUUAUGUAUCCGUAUAUUUACCAUGUCCUUACUAAGGGUGAGAUUAAAAUCCCUGUAUGUAUUGAGGAUGAGUGUAACAUGGAGCUGCCUCCAGCUGCUCUCCUUUUCCGGUCAGCUCGCCAAUAUGUAUAUGGAGUUCUUUUUAGCCUAGCAGAGGCACAGCGAAAAGUGGAGCGUCUGGCCAUACGGCGACGGUUACCCAUGGAAGUUCCUUCUGUGAUCCUUAAAGAGUGGUCUGCCUAUAAGGGGAAGUCACCUCAAACACCUGAGCUGGUAUCUGCACUCACAUUUCGGGAAUGGACUUGCCCAAACCUCAAGAAGCUCUGGUUAGGCAAAGCAGUUGAGGACAAGAACAGGAGGAUGAGGGCUUUCCUGGCCUGUAUGAAGUCAGACACGCCCAGUAUGCUCAAUCCAGCUAAUGUCCCCACCCACCUUCUGCUCAUGUGCUGUGUGCUCCGAUACAUGGUUCAGUGGCCUGGUGGUCGAAUCCUGCAUCGCCAUGAACUUGAUACCUUCCUUGCACAGGCUGUGUCUACCCAGCUUUAUGAACCAGAUCAGCUUCAAGAACUCAAGAUUGAGAAACUGGAUGCUCGAGGGAUCCAGCUUGCUGCCCUGUUCAUGAGUGGGGUCGACACAGCUCUGUUUGCCAAUGAUGCAUGUGGCCAGCCAGUCCCUUGGGAGCACUGCUGCCCCUGGAUUUACUUUGAUGGCAAGCUGUUCCAGAGCAAGCUCAUUAAAGCAGGCCGAGAGCGAGUGUCCCUGGUUGAACUCUGUGAUGGCCAGGCUGACCUGGCAAGCAAAGUGGAGAAGAUGAGGCAGAGUAUCCUUGAAGGCGUCAACAUGAAUCAUCCACCACCUUCUGCUCUACUUCCGUCACCUACGUUUGUGCCUCCCAUGGUGCCCUCUCUCUAUCCUGUUUCUCUUUAUUCCAGAGCCAUGGGCUCAUUUCCGCCUCCCCCUCAAGCAAGGAGUCGGGGAUUUGCAGGUCUCCAUCCAAUCCCACCCCAAGGCGGAAAACUGGAAAUUGCUGGCAUGGUGGUGGGCCAGUGGGCUGGCAGCAGAUCUUCUAGAAGUCGAGGAUCCUUUGGCAUGCAAGUGGUUUCUGUCGGUGGGCCAGGAAAGGGGCAUGGAAAAGAACAGGCUGGUAGAGGAUCCAAAGGUCACAAAAAAGGAAAUAAACAAGGCUCUGCAGAUGCAAUUUCUAAGUCUGUGGAGCUUCAUCCAGGUCGGGCCCGCUCCCAGGUGAAUGGAAACAACAGCACAUUGAUUAUGGAAGAGAAGAGUGAUCAUCUUCCAGCUCCAUCACAAUGCGCCUUAUCCAAAGACAGUACCGUGUGUAAUAAUGAUGACCACUGCCUCCCCGUGAAGAAUGGAGAGAAGAACCCCGUGCAGGAGCAAGAGCUAGAAACUGUGGCCCAGCAGAAAGAGGAAUGACAAACUGAAGCCAGCUUCACUUGUCAGGGAGAGGAGAAAACUAUACUUUUCUGAUUCUAGGCCCAAGUUAGAGGAGGAUAGAAAUGUUUCCCCUAGUUUUAGCCAGGAUUUGAAGGGAAUACAUGUUUAUUAUAUCCAUCUUUGCUUCCCUAUCUUCAGACUUAGAGCCUGGGAGAUUUCUGGUUAAAGAUGACUAGCAACAAGACUAAACUCAGAUUCUCAAAUCCAUAGCACCAAUAUUUCCUUCUGUCUCCUGGAAGUCUAGUGAGGCAGUGACUACCAGAAAGCAGAUGUUAUCCUAGAAGUACGAUGGGAACGGUCUGGCUUUGGUUUUCUGAGUAUUGAAUGUGAUACUCACUUAUAAACUCAAAUGAUCAGUAAGGGGUUGAAGGGAAGCUGCCCAGGGCUUCCUGAGCUUUUGUCUUUAAGGUGAUGGAAGCUUGGUACCUAGCCGUUAUCCUCCUUUCUCUUUCCCCAACUCGCCUACCCCAGGAUCUUGUGUACCACCUCUAGCUCUGGCCUGACAAUCAGAUAGGUAGACGUUUUCAGGGAAGUAGACAGUGUUGGUUUGGGUUAUUUUAUUUAAUUUUUUAUUUUAUAUACUUUAAAAAAACUACAAUGGCCUUUGUACUGGGAGAUUCAAGUGAGUCAGAAAAGUACUGGGCAGAUUUUUCCUGCCUCCCAACCAGUGCAUUGUUUAUAAAAUAGAAGCUAUGGUGCAGUUCACCCACUAUCUGCUGCCCACACUCUAAAAGGGUGGGAAUCAAUGUUAGAAACUGAGUACAAAAGGGACUCAAAAGACUCUAUGUGUGUGUACAUGUGUAUAGGUGUGUGUGUGGGUGUAUAUAUGAACGUGUGUAUCUAUAUGCAUACACAUACCCUUUAUAUAAGAGACAGAUCUAUUUAUCUAUACAUAUUUUAUAUAUAUAAAUGUGUGUAUACAGAUAUAUAUACACAUACAUACAUGGUAAAGUUCCAGAAGAUUUACUGAAUUUCCCAGAAAUGCUUCCACUGCUAUGGAAUGGUGGGUUUCAAAGACCAUACUUUAAAUCUGAAAUCCUUGCUAAGUCACAGCCUAUCACAAUUAUGAGAAGAUGGGCUACUCUAAAUCAGACACAAAGUACUUUCCAGAGAUUGCCUGUUCAGAACAACAAAUACUUCACUUUGAACAGAGCCCUCACAUCCCAUAUGGUGAGAACAGGAGGUUGAAAUGGGAUUGGGAAGAGUUGCACAUUUUUUAUGAAGGUUUGGAGAUAGAAAAGGAAUAGGAAGUGAUUACCAUUUGAAAGGGCUUUCAGCCAAUUUGGAAGAAAUUUCUUGUGGAACUCCAGGAUCAAAUUGGCUUCAGGCAAGAAUUGAUUGACAUGAAUCUAAGGAGGGAAACCAAGCACUGGAAUGAUGGGGUGGGGAGAUGUGAGGAAAUUGGACAAUUUGAUUUUACAUGCUUAGAUCGUUUCAUUUACUCAUUGACAUUUUGACUACAGGAUCUUUUCAUUUGCUUUGCAAGGAAGAUGUCAGAGGACUUGGCCUGGGAUUUGAGAAGGAUUCUGUAAGAGAUUCUCAGUCCCUGCGAGGCCAAGAUCUGCCCAGGAUAAAAAGGCUCUUCCUCCUUGCUGGAGAUAAUCUUAAGAAAACCUUGAUUUCCAGUUUCCCUCAUUUUGGGCAGCCAAAAUAGAAGGGCUGGAAACAUGACUUGUAACAAACUAGUAGUGUAUCUUCAUUCAGGAAUUGAGGCUUCUAGCCACACACAUCUCCUUUUGGACUUUGAUAUUCUUGCCCAAGAAAUAUCGUUUCUACAAGAAUAUAACUGACUAGACUCCUAGCAGGGUUCUCUCUUUUGGGGAAAAAAACAACCAUGCAUCUUAACCUACAACAGAUCCUUGGUGAUUUUUUUCCAGACAACCAGAAGGCUGUGUUUGCUACCUGCCCAUUCUGUCUCAAGAAACUAAAAUGUCUCGGUGUUUUAGAACUGAGUCUAGCCCAGUUUAAGAAAAUUGACAAUUUUCAGGGGACAGGAGUCCAGGUAUGCCUUGCCCCUUGCCCAGACAUUUCUUAAAUACACCUAAUAAAGGUGGCAAGAUUAUGUACCUGGCUGUAUAUAACAAGAAAAAUUAUACACUUCCUCUUUGAAAUGAGCUCCCCUAAUUUGGUCCCCUUUCUGAUCUUGGACCUGCUCAUCCUUUCACAAUCAAUACCGUGAAGGUUAGGACUUUUAUAUCCAGUAAGGGAAGGACUUCAUAGAAAAUGUAGAUGGCUUAGAAUCACCUUCUGAGCCACAGAAGGAUGAAUCCUUUGGAGCUCUAAAAGCAACCAGAAUCAUUGAGUGAGUGAAUGGUUAGAUAUAUGGACAAAUAUUGAAUAGGAAGUACUUGGAGUUAAAUGGUAGAGUAUCUUCAGUUGCUGUUUGUGUGCAUCGUGAGUCUACCUGACACAGUCAGGUGACAGUAUUGUUAACUCUCACACCUUUCUCACAACAUGAAGGUUUAUUUUGUAGCCAUUCACCGUGAGAGGUAAAAUUGCUGCUUUGACAGAAAUGAUUCCAGUUUGCCAAAAGACUUACUUUUCCCCCUUCCAUCAACCUCUGCUUCUCCCUAGCCGGGCCCAGGACGAUACAAGUGGCUUACUUCCAACGUUGAAUUUUAUCUUGAUUCAGUGUUUGAGGUUUGGGAAGUUACAAGAAAGAACUAUAAAGGGUUAUGUUCCUAGAUUUCAGUGUACCUCCAAAACACACGAUUUAAAAGCCAGGAAAACCAGGGUUCAUUGCUGAGAAAUGAACGUUUUCUAAUUGGAAGACAAACUGCAGACCUUUCCUGGACCCAUUUGAGGAUCUCCUUCUGAUUAUUACUGGACAAAGUCAUGUUGGAACCCCCCGAAAUGACUGCUUUACCUGGUAGGGACACAACAAAAGCCACCCCAAACCUGGUUUUGUACGGCCACUGAUCCCCAAAGUCCUGCAGUUCUUCUGCCUUGUGUCUUUGGCUCAGCCCGUGCCUCCUACCUUUUUGAAAUGACCAGUCCGGACAGACUUCUGUUCAUUUUCAUCAUUUUCAUUGUAUGUGGGUAGGACUUCAGGUAAAUUGAAGCCCAAGAAAUGGCACUGUCUUUGGCUAGGGACACUUAAUUUUUGCCUCCAUCUGGAUUUUCUGACAUUGUUGGCCAAGUUACCCUAAUAUUUUCAUCACGGAAAAAAAAAUACAAGGUAUUAGGGGGAGGGGGAUGCAAAAAUGCUUCUGUAGGAUAGAAAGAAUGAGAGUAGCCCUCUGGGUCUGAUGAUUCAGUCCUUUGAAACCUUAGAAGGCCCCUGUGGGUAUACAGUGCCACCCUCUCAGCCUCUAACCGCCCCACCCUUUGAAAUGACAGUACAAGUAGACCACAGUUUAAAGUAGUUAGUCUAAUUCUACUAAAGGUUUAAUCAUUAUACUUCUUCACUUUCAGAUGCGUAUUUCCUAAAUAUUCUUGGGGUUUCGGGGGGUAAGUUUUCACUCUUCCAUUGUGUGUCCCCCUGUCCUCCUGCCCAUCACUUCGGCUGCUUCUUUUGUAACGUUCUCUUUUCUUAUUGAUGUAGUCUGCUGGUACAGAUAGCUCAGUGCACCUGUUCCCUUUUAGUGCUGGUUAUCUUCAGUAUUGGCUGAGGAUAUUUUGAUGUUCUAAGAAAAUGUCACUUUUUAAAAAAAAUCAUCUUUUCUAAGUUAAAAGCAAAAUUAAACAUCCCCUAUGCUGGGGUGCCCAUUUCAGCUUUUGACAUUGUCCCUGUACUUUUAUAGAUGACUUUUUUGUCUGUGUUGGUAGUAAAUAAUGGCUAGUGAAUUUUCAUGUAAAUGAAGCAAGUUAAAUAUUUCAGAUUUUAUUAAUCUCUCAUACCCCUGCCAGAUCUGAUGAAUUCAUUUUAAUUACUUCCCAGAAGGGAAUUUCCUCCUACCUUUUAUUUUAUUCUAUUUUUAGACUAACAUACUAGAUUAAAAAACAAAAAACAAAAAAAAAAACAAAAAACAAAAAAAAACUUUAACUGCAAAGAGUCAGUGAUUUUUUAGUGCUCCCUGAUAAAUGAUGUUAUUGACAAAGGUAAAUUCUUUUGUUGUUGUUUUUUUUUUUCCUGUGCUCUUGACAGUGUGUUUAGUGGAUGGAUAACGUAUUUCUCUUUGCCACUCCCAGAUUCCAAGUUCCCUGCCUUUUGGCCCACCUCACCACAAAAGCUCCAUAGUUUAUUAAUGUAAGUUUGAGUGGCUGCUUCUUGGGGGAAACUGCAGGACUUAUUGGAAAUGUCUCAGAAAGGGAUGAGAAUGUCUCAGGAGUUCUGUGAUGGAAUUUGAUCUGUUGUUCUGUUAAUGCUGAUGGAAAGAAACUUACAGCGCUUAAUAAAAGUCUAUUCUUUUAGUUUAAAAAAUGUAAACUGA